AUGCAAUUACAUCAGAUUGCAACACAACAACCUGGAACUAUUACUUACAGAGACUUGGGAUGUUUUUGUGGGUCACAAAGGGGUUUAUGUUCAUGUUACGAACCAAAAAUCCACAAAUUCGAAUGUCCUACGACAGAAAAUAGAGGCAUUGAAGCAGCUGAUACAUUAGAUGAUAUUGAACCAUCAGAUUUAAUGAAUGUGAAUGUUGAGAUAAACCUUGAGGAACUGUCAGCGAUGAAUGAUGUAAACUUUUCAUCAAUUGGUGAUCUCACAAAGCCAAACCAAACUAACUCAGCGCUUGAAAAUGUGGACGAGGACUUUUCUUUCAUUGGAGAUUCUUCGAAACCAAAUACUAUCAAAGCCAACUCAUCGAUGGACGAGGUAAAUAGUUGUUCAAACGGAAACACUGGUAAGCCCAAUAUUAGCCAAGGCGAUUCAGCGAUGGAUGACGUGGACUUCCUUUCUGUCGGAAAGGUCAAAACGCAAAACAAUGGUGACAUUGUUAUUGAAGUCGUGGACAACACAAAGACUGCAAAAGAUAAGAUGAGCGUUAAAGAGUCAACAGUGAUGGAUUAUCUGAACAUUUCAUACACAAAUUCUACAGCUGAUAAUAAGCCGAAUGUUUUCAAAACUGACUUGGUAAAUGACAUUCAAAUGUUGGACCAAAAUACCACCAAUGAUGAGAUUAUUGUAGAGGAAACAACUGUAAUGGAACGUCCACAUAUUUCCCCUACACAUCCCGCGGAUUACACACAGACAAAUGCAGUUAGCCAGGCGAUUCAUUAUUUAAAGAGAAUUUAA